UGGAUUGAAUUUAACAAAAUAUAAGGAUACAUUUAUCAUUGAACUUUUCAGUUAUGCAAUGGUUAAGCUUAGGUGUGGAAGCAUCAGCAUGAGGGGAAAUUAAUUGUGAGAGUUCAUUUAAGGUUACAAGAUGGUGAAUGAAAACAAAUGAGGACAUGCCUUACUGUGUUUGAAAUAAAUUACAUCUGAUGUGGAUUGCUAAUAAUUGUUGAACACUUUCUCGACGGUUUGUCAUCUUUUGUGGCAGCAGUAGUUUUAUAGAAUUUGCUAAUGUUUUGAUCAGUAUUUCGAACUGUCUGAAGUAAUAAGAAUAUUAAUCUUUUACUGAUAGAUUUAAAUUCCUCGAAGAUCCAUGUAUUUUCAAAGUGGAAACGUUUGGCAUACAUUGCAUUUCAUUGAUGCCAGACGACUCUUGGAGCUGCAACAAUAUCAAGUCUGGAUGGAAAAACAACAGCAUCUGUCGCUAUAUGAUCCAUUCGAGCCCAUCCGACGGCUUGCAAUGGCCGAACACGGGUCUAGAAAUCCUGAAAAACCACUAACUUCGUUUAGAAUAAAUGACAUUCUGGCGGAUGCAAGCGACUCUGAUAGUUCAGAGGUAACGGGGAAAAAUCAUUUUAAUGAACAGCAAAAACGGGAGACUGUUUCAAGUCCUGAAAUAGACAACAUUAAUUUGAAAGACAAAUCUUACGGAGACAGAAGAAAACAACGUGAUAUCAGUUUAAAAAGAGAAAGUUUUGGAGCACAGAAAUAUGAGCAACAUGAACAAAAUAUAAUCCGGCCAUGGAAUUUGUCUCCAAAGUCGAGCACAAGCUCAGAGACUGAAAAAGAGCAAAACCAAAGCAGUGUGCGGAACGCAAAUAGAAACUAUUUAUUAAAACUUUGCAAUAAAUCCAGAAGAUGCGACUUUGACUCUGAAGAGGAAGAAGAAAUUGACGUCGAAGGCUGCGAGGACGAAGAUAGCGAUGUAUCAAUAAACAUUAGCGACAAAGACAUGUCUCCUUUAGAUGCCCUCAUGGCUAUGUCCAGCAAAACAUUUAUGGGCCUAGACAGUUUUGAAGAUCGUAAAAACAGAGAAGACGAUCAACACGGAAAGUCACAAAUUCCGAAAAAGAAACGGAAAACACGAACAGCAUUCACAAAUCAACAAAUAUAUGAACUUGAGAAAAGAUUCAUUUUGCAGAAAUAUCUGACACCCAGUGAUAGGGACGAGAUAGCUGCUAAACUUGGACUUUCAUGUGCGCAAGUUAUAACCUGGUUUCAGAAUAGAAGAGCAAAGUUUAAACGUGAUAUAGAAGAAAUGAAACAUGAUGUUGUAUCAACAAGUCCUAAAAGAACAGAGUCAGAUAAUGAAGUAAAGUGAGAUUACACUUGUUGUUAUGGCAACGCUGAUAUGCCGACGGUAUUGUUUGGGCAUGCGAUAAAUUAUUUUUUUUUUGGUGAGAAAAUGUUAAGUGCAAUACUUUUGAGUCACUUACUAAUGUGGCAUGCAUUGAAAUAUUUUCUUUUUACCCACCAUUGAAAUUGUAAAUUAGUUAUAUGACAGAGUUUGACCGCAGAGGUUAAGUAUUUUAUGUUUUUAUCUAAAGAAGAAACAGGUAAAGAAAACAUGAAUAACACUGCGCAGAUCAAGUACUGAAACUUAUUUUACACAAGAAAUUACAUAAUAUUGAUUCUAAGAAAAAGUUACAUUUGUCAUAGUACUUUAAUAAAGACUAACAUUUUAUGUUAUAUUGGAAUACUAGAAUUACUUUUAUGUAUAUGCCAUGAAGAGAUCAAGCGUUUAUGUUUUUUCUCGAGCCCGCUGGCGGUGAGCUCGACAUAGUUGUCACAAUGGCGGUUCGGUGUAUGUGCGUGCGUACGUCCGUCCGUUGUAACUUAUCCAUGGAUCAAGGGAUUCUUAAAUAACUUGGCACAUAUGUUUGCCUCAAUGACACGGUGUGUCGCGUGCAAGAACCAGAUUGGUAGCUUAAAGGUCAGAGUCAUACUUUGAGGUCACAUGUCAAAACUCGGUGCUGUUUUGAUUGUCCGGGCCGUAGCUCAGCCAUGGAUUGAGAGAUUAUUAAAUACUUAAGCACAAAUGUUUGUCUGGAUAGGAUGAUGUAUCAUGUGCAAUAACAAGAUUGGUAACUUAAAGGUCAAGGUCAUACUUAGAGGUCAAAGGUCAAAACCUGGUGCAGUUUUCCUUGCCCGAGCUGUAACUCAGCCAUGGACUGAGGGUUUCUUAAAUAACUUGGCAUAAAUGUUUUGCUCAAUCAGACAGUCUCUCAGGCGUAAGUAGUUGAAAAGUCAAGGUCACACUUAGGGGUCUUGUCUGGGCUGUAACUUAGCCAUGGAUGGGGAUGUUCUUAAAUAACUUGGCAGAAAUGUUUGCCACAAUCAGUUCUGUCGCCGCCAAAUAGUAUCAUAAAUAUUAGUCCUUUUGACAGCUGGCGGGCUCGUGGGCAUCUAAUUUAUAUAUAUUUUUUUUGCAGAUAUCAAAUAUGUAUAAAUAGAUUGAAUGUUUUUGGCAAGUAUAUAAAUUGUGUUAUAGUUUUAAUUCAGAAAUGGCUUGAUUUUGAUUUGGGCUGAAGUAUCACUUGAGGUAUGCAUAAAGCUUUAUUACGUUCCUUUCGUACCGUCACAAUUACUUCAAUUCUUUUGUUAAAACAUGUCAUACGAGAAAUAGUUAUUCUACUUCUUUUAAGCUAUGUACAGCUGGUAUAGGAAAUGUUUAAACGGCAAAAUAAGAAAUUUUAUUGACGUCUCCGUUCUCUGUUUUGUCAAAGGAUGUUAUUGACUGAAGACAUGUUAAAAUUUAGAAUGUAUUUGUAACAUGACAUGUUAAAUGAAAUAAACUGAUGAAAACUA